UACCCUGAAAUCUGAAUCCUGAAAUCCUGAGAAAAUAAACCCUUUCUGUUAGCCAGAAGCUCAGAGACUCCCGCAAAAGCCGAAGACAACUUCCUAAAGAAGGCAAAAUGGCCAGCAUAGCCGCCGCGAGAUCCAUUUUCCGAUCAACCUCCGUCCGUAGCGCAGCCUCAAAGUUCGCUUCUGGUGCGAAACCUGCUAGCUCUCCCUUCCGCGCCCCCGCCAGUAACUCUCUCUCUCAACGCAUCUUCAGGUGCCCUGCUGAACUGAGCGUUUGUUUGGAGACAAUGCAGCCAUUGCACACUGCAACUGCUUCGGCGCUGAUGACUUCGAUGCUUUCGAUAUCUCCCCGCUGCUAUGGUUGGGUUCCUGAUGCUUGCAAUGAUGACGUGUGAAAAUGCUCAGAGGAUUCAACAGGGGUCUUGAACAAAGUCGCCUUGUUACACUGCAACUGCUGAUUUUUUUCAUCAUUUCCUCACCUGUCCUACUUCCAAUUGUCUUCCCUAACGGAAGAUGUACUGCAAUAUUUGUCAUAGUUUCUUCUUUGUGAGAUCAUCUUGUUGAUAUGUAGCCUUUACUUGGAACUGAUGCUUUCUUUUGUUUGAGUGUUUUUUUUUUUUGGCAAAUCCCUUUUCAAUUUCGUCUGUAAUAAAGAGGAGUUUAAGUUUUAACGGUUGGCUGAGAAUCAGCUAUUCUGCA